AGAAGAGAAGAGAAAGAGAGAGAGACAUAUUUAUCACAAUGUCUUUUGUUUCGUACUCUUUAGCUCUACUUCUCGUCUCCGCCGCGGCGAUGCUCGCAACCGGGGUAGCGCAGAACUCGCCCCAGGACUUCCUGAAUCCGCACAACGCCGCCCGCGCCAGCGUCCGCGUCGGCCCCUUGCGCUGGGACAACAACCUGGCCGCAUACGCGCAAAACUAUGCCAAUCAUAGGAGCGGCGACUGCGCACUCAUCCACUCGGGCGGACCCUACGGCGAGAACAUCUUCUGGGGCAGCUCGGGGAGAAAAUGGUCGGCCGCCGACGCGGUGGCUUCGUGGGUGGCGGAGAAGCAAUUCUACGACUACCGCAGCAACACGUGCGCGUCCCGGAAAGUUUGCGGUCACUACACGCAGGUGGUGUGGGCUAAGUCGGUGAGCGUCGGCUGCGCCACCGUCACGUGCAACAACGGCGGUACGUUCAUCAUAUGCAGCUACAAUCCGCCGGGCAACGUCCAGGGACAACGGCCCUAUGACGAUUUAGAGAUUGCUUCAGAGAUUGCAUAAAACAUUACGAGUUCUGCUCUAGCAAAGAGCGCACUAAUAAAUUAAACUAUCAAGUUACUCAAUAUUCACCAUAGUUUCCUAGUUUAGUUUAUUAUAGUGCUCUUCGCAUGAGUUAAACUCAGUUACGGCAAUUAUCGCAGCAUCUUAAUUAUGUGUAAUAAAAGUGAGUUUGCACAAAGGACCAGUGAUUUGGAUGCAAGACUCAUUAAGUUGCUGUGAUAGAAAUAAGCUUUGGAGUCCAAAGCGUGCAUGUUUUCGUUGUCUUAGUCGUUUAGUUGUUGUCGUACUAAUUAAUAUUUCUUUCCCAAAUUAACUAUAAUGUUGUUAGCUACUCGAUCGGAGCUUACUUUCCCGAAUA